AUGUCGAAUCGUAACAAGACAAAUAAAAAAAAGAAGUCAACAAUCGAGUGUGGUUUUGGUGAAAAAUGUUCUCGUCGUAAUUGUACAUUCAAACAUCCCGAUACUUGGAACUUUGAAGCGAAUCUACGCAAAUUUGAGCAAGAACAACGUGAGAAUCUCGUACGUCUCGAGCAACAGCAAAUGGAGAUGAUUAUGAAAGUUUGCUAUCGUGGAGAUUGGUGUCGACGACUUGACUGCCCAUUUCGACAUUCUCCACAAUGGAAUCCUGCUAAAAAUCAGCGACUAGCCGAAGAGAAGCUUCAUCAGGAUGAGAAGCGAAGAGAACAAGAACGAAAACAUGCUCUAAAUAUUUCUAAUGAAGAAAUGAUCGUUAACAAAAGUGGACCUCAUUGUCAUCAGGAAGUAAAGAAUUCAGUACCAAAAAUCUCUAUUGACGAAGAUUAUCAAUACGACGAUGACUAUUUUGAUCUUUAUGAAAAAGUAUGGAAAAAACAAGCCGCAUCUCAGGUCGACAAAUGGUAG